AUUUCAUACAAUUAAGUGCCUUUGUUGUUGCUCUCUACACUGCAGCCUGCCAGGAUCCCUCCAGCCUCCUCCUCUUUUUCUCUCUCUAUCCUGCUUUAUUCGUCUUUACUCUUCGUCAUUUCUUUACCUUUUCCUCCUUUUAUGCAUUUAUCUCUUUUCUCUCCGACAAAAAAGUACUCGGAAUAUUUACUUUAAAAAAGAAUUUUUUCUUCGUUUCGAAACGGUUGCUGCAGAAAUUCAGAAUGCUUACGCGGGUAUCGGACCAAAUCCUGAACUUCCAUGAGCUGUUUGAGUUACUUUUGUGUGUAGCCGAGGCAACCCAAAUGAGUGUUCCGGCUAAUUGGAUCUGAUAGCUGAGACUGACGCUGAAGCUGAAACUGAAACACCGAUCGACUCUUGCCCAAAUGCCGCCAUCAGUGUUGGGUCUCUUUGGACCUCGAACAGCAGCUUCUGAGCUCUGCAACUCUCGAAACCUUCAUGGGAUGAAAAGCUAGUCAACUUCUCUGCUUCUACGCCAGUUUUCAGAACCAGGGAAUCAUCAAAGUCUGCCCAAGUUACGUAUUUGUAUUAAUCAUCCCUUUCAGCAAUCCUUUGCCAAAAAACUGCCUAUGAGGAUGUGCUUUACUUCAGCACUUACUUAUCUUUUCAUCCUUAUCACUCUUCUACCCCCGGCCAUUGCUGACCUGAACUCAGAUAAGCAAGCACUUAUUGACUUUGCUGCUGCUGUUCCCCAUCGACGCAACCUCAACUGGAACGCUACCACCUCUGUCUGCAAAUCUUGGUUUGGUGUCACUUGCACGCCAGAUGGCACCCGUAUUCGUGCCCUCCGGCUUCCUGGGGUUGGACUUGUGGGCCAUAUCCCACCAAAUACCCUUGGUAAGCUUGAUGCUCUCAAGAUUCUGAGUCUUCGAUCUAACCUUCUCACCGGUAAUCUUUCCUCUGAGAUUACCUCCCUCCCUUCACUGCAGUACCUCUACCUGCAACAUAAUAAUUUCUCAGAUGACAUUCCUACCUCCUUUUCCCUUCAACUCAAUGUACUGGAUCUGUCAUUUAAUUCCUUUUCUGGAAGCAUUCCACAAACAAUACAAAAUUUAACGCAACUUACUGGUUUGAUCCUCCAAAACAAUAGCCUUUCUGGAUCCAUACCAGAACUUGAUCUCCCUAAACUCAAGCAUUUGAACAUAAGCUUCAACCAUCUUAAUGGCUCUGUUCCAUCUUCCCUUCAAAAAUUUCCAAAUUCAUCCUUCUUAGGAAACUCUCACUUAUGCGGACUACCUCUAAUAGCUUGCUCCAUCUUCCCAGCACCUUCUCCUGCUCCUACUUUGUCUUCAAUACCAUUGAUUCAUUCAAAUCAAAGUUCCAAAAGGAAACUGUCAAUGGGAGCCAUAAUUGCAAUUGCAGUCGGAGGAUUUGUGUUGCUGUUUCUGUCAGCUCUAGUUAUUGUUCUCUGCUGUCUGAAGAAAAAAGGUAGUGAAGGUACUGGUGUAUCAAAAGGAAAAGUUGCAAGUGGUGGGAGGAGUGAGAAACCCAAAGAAGAGUUUGGCAGUGGGAUACAGGAACCUGAAAAAAACAAGCUUGUUUUCUUUGAAGGUUGUUCUUAUAAUUUUGAUCUUGAAGAUCUAUUGAGGGCUUCAGCUGAAGUGCUGGGAAAAGGUAGUUACGGCACGGCAUAUAAGGCUGUUUUGGAGGAGGCAACAACGGUAGUAGUGAAAAGGUUGAAGGAAGUGGUGGUAGGGAAGAGGGAGUUUGAACAGCAACUGGAAAUUGUGGGUAGGGUUGGACAGCACCCAAAUAUUCUGCCACUCCGAGCUUAUUACUACUCGAAAGAUGAGAAGCUCCUUGUCUAUGACCAUGUCCCUGGUGGCAGCUUAUAUACACUAGUGCACGGAAACAGGGACGCUGGACGAACUCCAUUGGACUGGGAUGCCAGAGUGAAGAUCUCCCUUGGAAUUGCAAGGGGAAUUGCCCACCUCCAUUCUGCAGGUGGUCCGAAGUUCUCUCAUGGAAAUAUCAAGUCCACAAAUGUCCUCCUCAACCAAGACUUCGAAGGACGCAUUUCCGAUUACGGUUUAACCCCUCUUAUGAAUGUUCCCGCCACUCCUUCCCGGGGAACCGGCUAUCGUGCUCCAGAGGUGAUCGAAUCCCGAAAGCACACCCAUAAAUCAGACGUGUACGGCUUCGGUGUUCUCCUCCUUGAGAUGCUGACCGGAAAAGCUCCACUCCAAUCGCCAGGGCGUGACGACCUGGUUGAUCUUCCGAGGUGGGUCCAGUCUGUUGUUAGGGAGGAAUGGACAGCGGAGGUCUUUGACGUUGAGUUGAUGAGGUUUCAAAACAUCGAAGAAGAAAUGGUGCAGAUGUUGCAGAUUGCCAUGGCCUGUGUGGCAAAGGUGCCUGACUUGCGACCCAGCAUGGAUGAAGUUGUUAGAAUGAUUGAAGAAAUCCGGCUAUCGGACUCGGAGAACCGGCCAUCUUCUGAAGAAAACAAAUCCAAGGGCUCAAAUGUGCCGACUCCAUGAUUGCCUAAACCUUGGCUCCAGUUUGCUUGCAGGAAGCAGCAACGUUGAGACAUUUUAUUUGAACGCAGUGAGGUUUUCCCAAGUAAAAUAAAAACCUCCUCGGCCUCCAUGUCUGACUCUCGGUAGUCGGUAGUGCGUGAAUGUUUCCAUUUGUUGCCAUUUUUUUUUUUUUUUCGGGGUACGUAAAUCAGUACUGAAUUAUUACUUA